AUGUAUGAUGUGAGGGUACAAAACAAGCGGAGAGUUGUUCGGGCAGUCGGUAACACAAACCUCACUGCGGAACGCAACAUCGGUGCAACGAGUGAUUUUCUUAUUACGAAAGUCAUCAGAGCAAAGAAUGAUGGUGGUGCAAGAAAUGAUGAAAAGGCGAAGGAAAGUUCUGGCACCAGAAUGAGCGCUGAGCAGAGAAAUGAGGGUGAUAUGACCAGUAACACAACAUAGAUCACAAGGAAAGAUGUUGCCGCCCACAGUAACAGUAACACCACACAUGUUGACAUAAGGAAUGGCGACGUGCAAAAUUCUGAUGCAAGAAAGAGUCAGGAAGGUGGUGGAAAAACCUUGACGGACACAUCAAGGAACAAUGAUGGCUCGAACGAGGCAAUUCGUAAGAUUUUGGAAGGAAAACCAUUCAUUUUCCCCGUGUGUGAUAAAGGACACUCUAGUAGAAAUGGUUUAAAACAUCAUUAUAAGAAACAUCAGAAUGGCAGUGAGAACAAAACGUAUUACUGCCAUGAAUGUAAGAAACGUUUUAAGACGAAGAGAAGUUCUGGUUGCAUGAUGUGAAAGUUCAUGGACUCAUUGAAACGUCGUUGGAAGAAAGUGAUUCAGAAAUGGUUGCAGGGCAUGAAGAGAGAGUUGGAAGCACGUGGAUAAAUAUGACAGACACAAGAACUGAUGUAAGGAGUGGUGGAGAUAUAAGAGGUGAUAGGAUGGACUGGAGACUUGGUAGGGUCUCACAAUUCAAGCCAGGAAACGAUAGAAAG